UGCGGCCUCUCUCUUAUCUCCACUUUGUUUAUCGCGUCAUGUUCACAAUUCGCCGUUCGGUUACACAACAUGCCCUGACUUGUCUGCGUGGCUGGGCUAGGAGCUGCAAGCAAAUUCCAAUGGUGAGAUCACCUACCGAUCCUUGAUAUAUCGAACCCUUCCUCCCAUCAAGCUACCGUCUCCUCCUCUCGACUGCGAAACACAGACCGCAUUUCUGCAUCUCUGCACCAAUGGUGCACAUCACCUUGCUGGGGCUGGUCCUCUGGCUAUACCUCGCAGCAGCAACAUCACUCGAUUCGGACAUUUUCUCAGAUACAAGCGACUACCCGCUAGCAAACCCCGGUAAUGUCGCCGCGCACGACCCAAAUAUCCUCGAGCACAACAACUACUUCUACCUCUUUAAAGGCGGCAUCCGAGUCCCCGUGUUCCGCUCCGCAAAGCUCGACGGACCAUGGGAGAAACUCGGCACAGUCCUCGAAGACCAAAGCGUCGUCCAGAAGCAGAACCGCAAACGACCAUGGGCUCCCAUGGUCACGUUCUGGAAAGACCGGUUCUACUGCUUUUACUCGAUCAGCCAGGCGGGGAAGCGGGAUAGUACAAUUGGCCUGGCUUCGUCCGACUCGAUUGAACCGGGUAAUUGGACAGACCACGGGGCGUUGAUCAAUACGGGAACCCAGGAAAGGUCGGAAGUGUACCCGUUCAAUGUGACAAAUGCGAUUGAUCCGGCGUUUUUUGUGGAUCCGGAUAGUGGGAGGCCGUUUCUGCAGUAUGGGAGUUAUUGGGAAGGGAUCUUUCAGGUUCCAUUGACGGAUGAGCUGCGUGUUGAGAACUCGUCGAGCCCAGAUGCGGACCACCUUGUUUAUCUUCCGGAUGAGAAACGCAAGCCUAAUGAGGGGUCUUAUAUGAGCUAUCGCUCGCCUUACUAUUAUGCUUGGUUUAGCCAUGGGCAGUGUUGUCAGUUCGAACAGCAGGGGUUCCCAACGAAAGGGAAUGAAUAUAGCAUCCGUGUGGGAAGGGCGACAAACGUUCACGGCCCGUUUAUGGACCGGGACAAUACAAGCCUACUCGACGGAGGUGGAUCUGUUAUCUAUGGAUCGAACCACAAGAAAGUACAACACCAACAUUGGCUUCAAGCAGGGGGUAAGUGAUACUGCCUAACCUUCACUACAUCUG